CCCAGCGGGCUCUGAAUGAUGCGGCUGACUCGGAAGCGGCUCUGCUCUGCUCUGCUCGCUGCCUACUUGCUGUUCUCCCUCUAUGCUGCUUACUGCGUGUUUCUGAAACCGCGCCGCGCUGCUGCUUCGCGGGCGAGCCAGAGGGAGAAGCUCGGGCGAGAGCAUUUUACUUUGGAAAUGGAAGAAUGGAACCCUUGGGAAGUUGAUGAGCAAAAUAGUUUACAACAGAACUCUGCAAGUAGUCUGCAACUUUUAAAAGAGAAGAAACUACCGCAGGAACAAACAGAUCUCAGAGUACAAAUCUGGGGAAAAGCUGCUAUUGGCCUUUACUUGUGGCAGCAUAUAUUUGAAGGUCUGCUUGAGCCUGCAGAUGUGUCUGCCCAGUGGAGAGAAGGAAGCCUAAAAGCAGGAAAAUCAUUCUUCAGCUUCAUCACAGGUCCAUCUGUAGUCCCCGGGUACUUCUCAGUAGAAUCUGCCAAUGUGGUUCUUGUGCUGAACGGCAGAGAGGAAGGGAAGAUCUCUUACGCCACUCAGUGGCUGCAUUAUGUACAGACAUUAGUACAAACUCGCAAGCUGCAGCAUGUUGCUGUUGUUUUGCUUGGAAACGAACAGUGUAGAAACGAAUGGAUUUACCCUUACUUAAAAAACUAUGGAGGAUUUGUGGAAUUACUUUUCUUAAUAUAUGACAGUCCCAUGGUGAAUGAAGAAGAUAUUUUCCAGUGGCCUUUGGGAGUAGCUACUUACAGAAAUUUUCCUGUAGUUGAACCAAGCUGGUCAAUGCUUCACACUCCACGCUUGUACCUGUGUAAUUUUUUAGGAACAGUUUAUAAAAACUCAUCAAGAGAGACCCUAAUGGAAGUACUGAGGCAAAAUGAGCUUGAUAAGGUCUGUUGGAUUUCCACCAGAGAAGAGUGGUGGCCUCAAGAAACCAAUGAAAGCCUUCAGAACUAUCAAGACGCAUUGCUCCAGAGUGAUCUCACGUUAUGCCCUUUGGGUGUAAACACAGAAUGUUAUAGAAUUUAUGAGGCUUGUUCAUUUGGUUCUGUUCCUGUUGUAGAAGAUGUAAUGACCCCAGGAAAUUGUGGAAAUUCAUCUAUGUACUACAAUGCUCCAUUGCAAUUAUUAAAGACCAUGGGAGCUCCCUUUAUCUUUAUUAAAAACUGGAGAGAGCUUCCUGCUGUUUUAGAAAAAGAGCAACGCAUGACUUUGCAACAAAAGAUUCAAAGAAGAAAAAAGCUCAUGGAAUGGUAUCGGUAUUUCAAAGAACAAAUGAGACAAAAAUUUAUUAGUACAUUGGAAAAUUCAUUUUUACCCAAAGAUAAAGGCGGUUAAUUAUAAUUUUUAUGACUUUUCAAUGAGUUUGUGCCAGCUAAAAAAAACAAAACAGAUAAUUAGAAAACAGUUUCUUCUCAGCAGUUUUUGUAACUGCAGGGAUGUUCAUAAGUGUGAAAACAGAUGUGCCUGAAUUGCUGGAACGCCGUGAGAGUGCCAGCUUCCUCUGCCCCAUUGUGAAACACCUGUUUACGGAUACACUUUCAGGAAAUAUUACCUUUUCCUAUAUUUUUAUUUACUAUUUUGUGGUGGAGAGGGAUAUUUUACCCUAUAAAUCUAGUACCAUUUAAAUAGCAGUUAAUGAUGGUGUUUAUCCCAUGCUAAAAACGAGGUCAAACACAAUAAUCUUAAACUGAAUUGAGGCAAUUUUAGAAGGUCAGGUACUGCUGAGGAAUACUUAAGUGUAACUUAGAUUUCUUCCAUGAUAUUUCAGUACCUGAGGCAAAUGAUGGAACAGUUGAAUUGUUUUUCUUAGUAAGGAAGUAUUUCAGUAUACCUUUCAGUAUUUCAAGUAUACCCUGAGAUAUCUGGGUGUUACAUUCCAUCUCUAAAACUGCAUAUUUAUUUGGAGAAGUAAGGUUUGAAAGGUCACUUACUGUCUCAGUCCAUGAGAAGAGAUCGUCCAAACAAAAUUGUUUGGCUGAUUUAGUUGGAGAGCAGGGGUCUGAGAGCACUCUUUGGCGUUUUUUCCUCCCCAUGGGAGUUUACACUCUUUUUUCGGAUUCCAAGGAUGUCUUUCUGAGCAGAGCUGUAAAACUUCUUCUCAGGACCUUCAGGCCAGCUGUGCUUAUCAAAUCUCGGUUCUCAAGGUAGAGUAAAUAGUGUGACCACAGCAAAGGCAGGAUCCAUUUUAGACCUCCAUCUUGGUUCCGGGAUCAGUUUCUCUUUGCAUGUCACGUUACUCAACAAAAGGCAGCCAUGAGUUCUACACCUAAGUUCUUCAUUCUAAUGUGAAGCUUAAAGAUGCCUCCAGUAUCAUCAGAUCAUUAAGGCAUCCUAGUAAUUAGCAUGCAUCUAGCUAAAUUAAAGGUCUGGUCACAAUAAUAUUUCCCAAAGAAAAAUCUCCUCACCUCAUAUCGUACUACUAUUUGGAAUUGCUUACAAAAACUCUCCUGUUUAGCCCCUGAGUGAUUCUGCAUAUGUUGGAUAAUGCACUUCCAAUCCUCUUUAUAGAUCAUUCGGAACGGAUUUUUUUGUGUGCGGAACAAAAAAUCCACCUCAAACAA